AGGAAGGCAGGAAGAGGGAAGAAAGAGAGUCAUCGGCGGUCCAGGAAGGCAGGAAGAGGGAAGAAAGGGAGCGAUUGGUGGUCCAGUUCGCGAAUUGAGUAUUGAAGCAUCCCUUCUGCCUUCUGCACAACCGCAGAACGAUCCCCUCCUGUUCCAAUUCGAGCUGAGCACUGACAACAAUUGACAACGAAGAAAAAGCAUCAUCAUGUCCAUGUCUCAAGAAGACCUCGACAAAUGUCGGCAGGUGGCAAAGAAUCUCAUGUCGGAAAAGUACAAGAAAUACAAUCAACUCUUCAUCGAGCCAUUUCCUUUGGACUCUGUUCCUGGGUAUCUCGAUGUUGUCGACAAAAAACUAGAUAUCAAGACAUUGGCUGCCAACCUGGACGCUGGAAUCUACAAGUCGAGAAAAGAUUUCUUUGAUGACGCUGCUCUCAUCUUUCACAAUGCCAUCAAGUAUCACAGCAACAAAGAAACUAAAUGGAUCAUCAAACCAGCCAAGGAAAUGCUCAAGGUGGUUCAGAGAGAGCUCAAGAAUCUUGACAAACGACCAUCCAAAAUCCUUACCAAACAAAGAGGUGGCUCUUUGAAAUUAAAGAUGGGAACCAAAAAGAAAGACCCCACAGCGUCCAAAUUAUCGGCCUUAGCAGCGGCAUCUGCAGCCGAUGAUGUGCCAAGUGGACCGUCAGCCAGCAAUCCUCCCGUUGCCAUGCCAUCUUCAACCCUGUCGUCCGAUGCUGCUGCCGCUCCUCCCAAACCCAAAGUCUCCCUGAAACUUAAAACGGGUGGCUCAAAAAUGAAAGAUAAAAUUGCACCUGCCAAAGCAAAGCCUACACAAACAAAGCCUACACAGCCCAAACUCAAAUUAAAGAUUUCCUUGUCCAAAAAAGCAUCAGCUCCAUCCACGGAAACAACUCCUAGACCAACUCCAUCCGCCUCGCCAAUUCCACCCACCGUAGAGAGCAACAGUUCCAGUUCCAAACCGCCGUCUGUAAAGAUUAGUGCCAUCAAGAUUGAAAAGCCUCCCAAAGUGCUACAGGUUCCCAGAGUGCAUCAGGCCCCAAAGGCGCAACAGAUUCCCAGGGUGCAACAGGCUCCCAAGGCACAACAGGCUCCCAAGGUGCAACAGGCUCCCAAGCUACAACAAAUUCGAUUGGCAGGACCACGGGGCAAGGAAUUACCCAAGGGAGUCGCGACGUCAACAACCUCCACAACCAAAAAAGCAACCACCAAGACGGCGACUGGGAAGGUUCCGCCCAACAAAGCCACUUCUGGAAAAAGUUCUUCUGCCAAGGCAACGGCGUCCACCAAGACCAGCAGCAGCAGUAGUACCUCCAAAACGGCAACCAGUACCAAGUCUGCCACGGGAAAGGUAACCGCUACUGGAAAGGCCACGAAAAAGACGGGGACCAAGAAGACAACGACAAAGAAAGCCAAGAAAUCAAGUGCGUCAUCAGUAGUAGCACCGCCGCCGCCACCACCGUCUUCGUCAUCCAUACCAGUGGCACCACCAUCAUCGUCCGCAGCUGCUCCCGUAGCAGCACCAGUCUCGUCAUCGUCGUCCGCCGCAGCAGCAUCCACAACCCACACGGCAGUCAGCAGCAGCAGCAGUAGUAGCUCUGGUGCUGGUGCCAUGAUGACGCCGAUUCGAAAGAUUCAAUGUUCUAAAAUCAUCUCGGGGCUCAAACGACGCAAACACAAAGCCAUCAACAUAUUUUUGCACCCUGUCAGCGACAAGAACAUUAUCCAAACCUACAAGGCCAAAAUCAAACAUCCAAUGUGCAUCUCGGCUAUGCAAAACAAGUUGGACAAGAACGAGUACCGAAGCGUGGCGCAAUUCGUGCUGGACAUGCGACGAAUAUUCGCCAACUGCUUGCGAUUCAAUACAUCCAUGAAGGAUCGGUUGAGGCCGCUAGCGGUGGAGCUAUUGUCUACCGCAGAAGACCUCAUGGUCACCUUUUUGAUUCGAGGAAAGCACCCACCACCACCCGCAGGUGGUCCCGAUUUGUAUCCUCCGUUGCUGUACUGCUGGAGUUUUUGCAUCAAAGUACUCAAUACACUCUUCAAUUUGACCAAUCCCGUCGAUUCACAACCCACAGUCUAUUACUUUCUGCAUCCUGUGACGACCUAUUGCGGAGGACAGUAUCCACCAGACUACUUGAAUUUGGUGAAACGGCCGAUGGACUUUGGUACCAUUACGUCCAACUUGAUUGAAGGAAUUUAUCAGAAUGUCGAUGAAUUCGCUUCCGAUUGCCGACUUGUAAUCGAGAAUUGCAGGACAUUCUACGGGGGCCGGGAAGAUGGUAAAUUGUUUAUUGAUCAGGCAGAUCAGCUCAAAAGAGUGCUGACGCAGCAGCUGGAUGCCUUUGAUCGGUACCUAAAGUCUUCGCCGGGUUUGGAGUUGAAAGCCAAAGCGACCACAAAAAAGUCGCCUAACGGGCCAGCUUUGUUCCCAAAGCCUCCCGAUUCGUUGCUAACGAGCAUCUUGGAUGAGUUACGUGCUAUGAAGUAUACCGACAAGGCGACAAAGAUUACCGAGAAUGCCAUGGCACCAUUCGAGAAACCUGUUUCUCUCGCUGAUUAUACGGACUACCUGCAAUAUGUCAAGACACCCAUGGACCUUCAAUCCGUGGAAAGAAAAAUCAAAGGUGGUCAGUAUGAAAUGCCCGAAGACUUCGAAUACGACAUGGGGCUUGUCUUUAAGAAUUGCGAGACCUACAAUGCGCACCGAAAGGGAGGCCAUCUGGUUGCAAUGUCCAAGUACGGAGCGAAGCAAUUCCGUCGCUUGUUUAGUGUCAGAAUGCGAACGUUUGAGGACCCCAGCUCGGUGACUACGAAGGAAGAGCAGAAGGAGGCAUCAUCGUCUUCCAUCAAUCCAAGCAGCAAGAAAGCAAAGGUAGAAAACACAGCAGGAGGUCCCAAGGGGAAGGCCGCUCCUCGUAUUUCAAUAACCGCCGCACAGGUGUCAUCAGCGGCUGCACAGGUUGCGAAAGCUCCGAAGUUGCCGUCGGUGUCUUCGUCAAACAAGAAGAACAACCAGCCAGCGGCUAAGGCAAACCAGCCGGUGCCUCUCCACAUUGCAAUUGCUAGAGUGAAGGAAGCAUAUCCUCUCCGUCGCGCUCACAAGAGUCUGCAAAACUGGGAGGCUGAUUGCGCCCGCUUUUUCAAAGAGCUGAUGAGACACCCUUGGAUCUCUGCGGCGCGUCCCAAGUUCAUUUUCCACGUUCCGGUGCCUGUUUUGUUCCCGGGAUUGAAAGAAGUUUACAUGAUGAAGAUUAGUAAGCCAAUGGACCUCACGACAUGCGAGUGCAACCUACUGGAAGGAAACCGUUAUUCGAGUGCCGACGACUUUCUGCAAGAUAUCGCCCUUGUGUUCAGCAAUGCAAUUACAUUCAACAAAGACGGUAAAGAAAUCGGAGAUCCGAUGAGUUACGCGUACUACGAUGCUUCCAUUCAUUUGCUACGGUACUCUCGGUGGCUUUCCCUGGAGUUACUGUCUUCCCACCUUGCAGACAUUGAUACUGUGGAUGAGGGCCCCGAAGGCGACGAAAAACUGCCUCCUUUGUCGUGGAAGCUGACAACGGGAAAUAGGAAGAAGGGGCGUUCCGAGAUGGAGAGCAUUGUCAUGAACGAGCCCAUCGACAAGAGCGUGGAAGGUGACCGCUUCACAUGGAUGGAAUCAGAAUGCGAGAAGCUUUUGAAGGCUCUCCGUCAUCAGUCCGACAUCAAACAGAUGACAUUUUUCAUUGUGCCAAACUAUCCUCCAGACUAUGCCGCCUUCAUUUCGAAGCCCAUGGAUUGGAAGACGGUGUCCGAUACGCUCAAGAAUCGCGAGUAUGACACCUUUGCCGAGAUCUGUGCAGAUUUGAGGCUCAUUUUCUCCAAUGCUUUGAAAUACAACGCAAGGCACCAAGGAACCACAACGGUCUCUGGUCGUGCCUACGACGCUGCAACGUACAUGUCUGCGAAGUUGGAGACAGCAAUAAACAAAAUGUUGCUAUCGGUAUCUGACCGACUCGAGAGAGAACGCAUUGAUCAUGCCAAUGCUGAGCGGGAGAUCGAGGCGGCCGAACAAGCUGAAGAGGAACGAAUCCGCGCAACAUGGAAGAAAGAAUCCACAACUGAGAACGGACCUUCAGCUCCAGCUACCGGUAGAACGGAUGGCAGCGUUAAAGUACGAGCCGUGAGGAAGCAGAUGAAAAGGAGAGAGUCGACAGACUUUGAAAUUCCCUACUUCGACGAGGAAGAUGACGGACAACACGAGCGAUCAUACUUUGAUGCUGUCAAGCAGCAGAAAGCUCUGUUUGAACGGCAACGUCAAGAUCUUGCUAAGAUGCGACAAAAUUCGAUGACAACUGGUGCUGCUAUGUUUGCUCGGUUGCUCCAGCGACAGAAGGCCAAGACGUGGCUUGGGGCAGUUCAGUAUGUCGCCAAGAAAGGCGACGUCAAAGACGAGAAACAGUCGGCUCCGGGAGCCACAGAAGCGCCUGCAGGUCAACAAGGGUCCUCUGUGUUGACAGCGCUCGAAAAGGAAGGCAGAGAGCGUUUCAAAAUCAAUCUCGCGGUGUUGCCAAAGAAGAACAAGAAGCGCAAGCGAUCGGCUAUUACUUUUGAAUAAAGAAUGCACUCUCAGGUAUUUAGUAUAAGUUCGUAAAUAUACCGGUAGGUUGCUGGGUAGCAGCCAAAGACACGCCUCCACGGAGAAUUUGUUGGUACCAACUACUAGUAGCUAGUGACCUAGAUCCAUCAUAGUUUUGUCCUG